AAGGUUUUAUAAAUGUCAAAAUAAUCUGCAUGCUUUCUUUUAAAUGAAUCUAUUUAAGUAAAAGUCAUUAUUCCUAAUUUUGUAUAAUUAUAGGAAGGUGUAAAGUAAAAUAAUAGUUUGUAAAAUAAAACAUUAACAAAAUGGCUUUGAAAAUGGAAGACUUGCAAAAAUUGGAGGAAGAAGCAGAGGCAAAGGCAACAAAAUAUGGGUGUAAUCUAUUGCAACGACCAGGUCAAUUGGAAAAAAUUGAUAUGUACAAACGUAGAAUAGCCCGGAAGAAAGCUUCUGUGGAAACUAUGCUCAAAACUGCAAUGCAAAGUCAAUUAGAUGGAGUUCGUGUAGGUUUUGAACAGCUUCAGAGUUCUUUAGAGAGUAGCGCUUCCAUAAAACAGGAUCUAAAUGAUAUUGGCGAAUUAUUCAGUAAAGUUCCAGAACUCAGUGCAAAAUUGCAAGCUGUUCAAGAAGAGAAUAUGCGUCACUCUCAGUAUGUUACUGCCAAAGAAAAUUUGAAACAUACAUUUACUUUACCAGAAAGCGUUGAAAUGACUAAACAGUGGAUAAACCAGGGGAAUCUACUGUAUGCUCAUCAGAUUAUUAUGGAUCUUGAAAAUUCAAGAGAUGAUUUGUUGUAUGAACUUCACAAACUUCCAAAUCAGUCCCCAGCUGAUACAGUUAUGUUAAAAGCUUAUUUAGAGGAUGUUGAAAUGCUUUCUCAGUUAAUGGAGAAACAAAUUAGAUUAGUAUUAAGUCGUACAUUAAACACAGUGAGAAAAGAACCUACUGUUAUAGUCACAGCAUUGAGAAUUAUAGAAAGAGAAGAGAAAGCAGAUCAUUUUGCUAUUCAGAGACAUAAACAAAGUGGAUUUAUGCCACCAGGAAGACCUAAAAAAUGGAAAGAUAUGGCAAUGAAAGUUUUAGAAAAAUCUGUAGCCAAUAGAAUUGAAGGAACACAUGUUGAGGAAAGAGUAGAUAACAAAAUGUGGCUAGUUAGGUAUUUAGAGCUUACAAGACUCUUAAUUUUGGAAGAUUUGAGAGUUGCUAAAACUCUUUGUGAACCUUGUUUUCCACCUUGGUAUAAUAUUGUAAGAACUUUUGUUAAAAUGUAUCAUACAAGUUUAUCACAACAUUUGAAGGACAUAAUUGCCAAUGGCUUGGAAGGAAAUGAAUAUGUAUCUUUAUUAUCAUGGAUUAUGAAUACUUAUACUGGUCCAGAAUUAAUGCAACAUCCUGAAUUAAAUAUUGAUACAAGUGAUAUAGGCCCUUUAUUGAGUCCUGAAAUUAUAAAUGAUUUGCAAGAGAAAUACUUGAAGAAUAUGUGUCAAAAUUAUGAAGACUGGAUGAAAAAAACUUUGGAAACUGAAAAAGUAGACUGGUGGAGUGGUGUAUUACCAGAAGGAAGCACUCAAGAAACAUACUAUCACACAGCAGCACCUGUGAUUAUAUUUCAAAUGAUUGAUCAAAAUCUCCAAGUUACAAAAACAAUUAGCAUUGAAUUAACAGCACAGGCUAUAGUCCUGUGCAUUGAACAAGUAAUUAAAUAUGGAUUUAUGUACAAACAAGCAAUACUGGAAUUUAAAAACAAACAUUUUGAGGAUAGAAGCCAAGUACCUUACUUUACACAUCAUAUGAUUACAGUUGUUAAUAAUUGUUUACAGUUUACAGAAUUAGCACAGCAAAUGAAACAGCUGUAUUGGGUUUCUAAUGCUAAUGGGGAUGCUACUGUGAAAUUCGAAAAUUUGUUAUCAAAUUAUCAACAAUUACGAAAUGAAGCAGCAGCAAUAUUACUAGAAGAAUCUUUCUUAGAUUUAGAAUUACAAUUUCAAGAUUUAAUUACUCCUAAAUGGUUAUCAUCCCCUAUCCCAGUAGAAACCAUUUGUGUGACUUUAGAAGAUUAUUUUCAAGAUUAUAAUCAUCUGUGCCCAAAAAAUUUUGAAUAUGUUAUUACAGAGGCACAAAAUCUCAUUGCAAAGCGUUACAUUUCUGCAAUGCUACAAAGAAAGAUAUCUUUAAAAACAUAUGAUGAAUGCUUAACAUGUACAUCAAAAAUAAUGACAGAAGCAGAUAAAUUAAAAAAUUUCUUUGAUAGAAUAGCUCCAAAAGUAGGGAACUUUAAUUCUCCCUUUGAAAUAAUCAAGCGACUGGCGGAGGUACUGCGUUGUGAAGAUUCGGAAAUUCUUUCUCUUGAUUUACAUUCAUUGGUUGAAAAAUAUCCAGAUAUGACUGAAGAUCAUUUAGUCAGAUUAUUGGGUCUCAGAGGUGAUAUCUCUCGCAGUGAAGCAAGAGAAAAGGUUUCAUACAUUUUAGAAGCUCAACGUAAUCGUAAAGCUCCACAAUCUAUUGCACAUAGCAUAUUUAAACAAAUAUAUAUACAGGAUAGUUUUCUCAGUUGGAAGCCUUGAAAUUCAAAAGCAAUUUGCUAUAUGAAGUAUUAUUUUUCACAUAUCAUCAAUGAAGCUGAUGUAAAUGGUAUAUUGUACUUAUGCAUUAAUAUAAAUAUUCUAAAUUUGUAAUGGCAAGAAGAAUUAUUGAUUAAUGUAAAGAAAAUGUUGUUAUCAUAUUGUAAAUAGUUAAAUCAAUUUCAUUUUUCAAUUAAAUUUGAUUUUAUUUCUUAAUUAAAGGGUAACUUAUUAUUGAAAACUGUAAAUAAAUAUUGUAUAAUAAUUAAUAAUAUUAAUAAUAAUAUUAAUAAUAUUAGGUUUAUAUACAUAUGUUGCAUGCAUAUAAAUAUAUAUACAUACAUACAUAUAUAUAUAUUGCAUUAUUCAUGCCUAAAAUCUUUAUUAUUUACUUAUUUGCUUACUUAUUUGAAUAUAAUAUAAAUGAUACAAUAAUCAAUUCACUGCCUUAGUAACUGAAUGAAUGUAUAUAUGUAUAUAUAUAUUCACUUAUAUUUGUUUCGUAUAAUUGAUUUGUAUGAAAUUAUUCACAUAAAACAUAAUGGAGUAAAAACAAAAAUAAUGUAAAUAUAAUAUAACAUAAAAGACAUAAUUAAAUACUAUUUAUUUAACAUAUGUUUCAAAAACAUAAUUAUAAAAACAAAUAAGUAAUAAUUCAAAUAAUUAAAGCAAUGGUACAUAUUUAGUAAAAGAAGAUAUUGAUUUUGUAAAAACUUGCUAAACUUGUAAAAACUGAGUUGCUAAUAUAUAAAAAAUAAAUUAAAUUCUUAGAUUCACCAAGUAAGUUGUAAAUAUCAAUAUUCCACCAAUUAAUAUGAGACUUUGUAUAUAUGAGAAAUAUAUAACUAUAAGUAUUAUAAUUUUAUUCCUAACCAUGAGAUACCAAAAGGAAAUCUAAAAAGGCAGAAAAGAUUUAACUUAAUCAUUAUUUUAGUAACUAAGUUAUAAUAUGUAUAUAUGUGUGUUCUUAAUGUUUAAUAUAAUUUAUAAAAAAUAACAUGUACAAAAGUACUGUAUAUGAAAAAUAUUUUACGUCGGCAAUAAAUUUAAGUAUUUGUUUCCUACAUGUACAUUAAUGAGUUGCUGCAGGAUAUUUAUGAUUCAAAUUAUGCAUAUGUGAAUAUGUCGAAUAUAUAUGUAUAUCCAAAAUCUCUGAAGUUUACGUAUAGUUCACACAUUUAUUAUAACAAUAAAUAAUUUAUAGUCCGCUUAUCGUAUGCAUGUAAUGCUAUGCUGUACACCUUAAAUUACCUCUAUAUUUAAAACACAAUUCAAAAUAUUUAUAUAUUUAAUUCACAAUUCAAAACCAACUUGAAAUCUGCAAUCAGUUUUAAAUACAUAUUUAAGUACAUAACGAA